AAAUAACAUGGCCAAAAAUCUCGAAAGUAAAAAGCGUGUCGUUAAAAUGUUAUCUGUAUUGGUAUUGGAGUUCUUCAUAUGCUGGACCCCGUUAUAUGUCAUCAACACUGUGGCCAUGUAUAUUGGUGCGGCCAUUUACGAAUACAUUGAUUACAAAUCGAUAAGUGCAUUACAGUUGCUUGCCUACUCAUCGAGUUGCUGUAAUCCGAUCACCUACUGUUUCAUGAAUGCCAAUUUUCGACGAGCCUUUCUCGAUACAUUCAAGGGAAUGCAGUGGUGUGGCAUCGUUGGUGGUGGUGCGGGUAGCGGUGGCGGAGGUGGUAAAAGAUUUCGACGUAAGCGUUCCCAACCACAAAAUGGGAAUUUAUGCUUGACUGGUAAUUCUAGUAUCCGGGUAAAUAGUUGUACCGUUCAAACAGUGAUAGAUAGUCCACGGCUGUAG